AUGUGUUCGUUGCGAGACCCAUUUUCACUCCGCUCGUCGGGCGGUCUAACCGUGCAAAAUAUUUUUUCACAGACUUUUCGCCGCUCAGAGAAAGCCGGCGACUAAUCGGCGACGAACUUACGACGAAUCGAGAUCAGGCGACUAAUCGUCUGCCAAUCGUAAGUUCGUCGCAAGUUCGUCGGCGAAAAUAGUGUGUGUUUCCCGGAGACGCAGACGAAAAAGUUUCAGGCGACUAAUCGGCGACCAAUCAUAAGUUAGUCGCCGAUUAGUCGCCUGAAACUUUUUCGUCUGCGUCUCCGGGAAACACACACUAUUUUCGCCGACGAACUUGCGACGAACUUGUUGGUCGCCGAUUAGUCGCCGGCUUUCUCUGAGCGAUUUUCUAUUUUUACCUAGGAAAAAGUUAGUGAAAUUCAUCAUUUUUCGGGUUCUUUUUGAUUGAAUUUGCAUUUUUCAAGGGUUUCUGAACCGUUUUAUCGCCGUUUUGUUCGUGAAAUUUGAGAAAUUAGGCCGAAAUCUCGCAUUUUUUUGGAAUAAGCUUUUUUUUCAGAGGGUACAAACUAUGGCUUCACGCUCGUUAGCCUCUUUCGGUCGCCAGGCCUCCCGACUUUUGCAAAACAACGCUCAAAAAUGCGCCAUUCCAGCUGCUUCAAGUGAGUUAAUUUAUCUUAAAUCCAGAAUUCUUCUUCAAAUUCUCAUUUUCAGUCAGACUCAGCUCGAACAACGUUGAAUCCAAGAAGGGAAUCCACACAUCAGUUGUUGCUCCACAAGCCGCUGCUGCUGGAAAAGUUUCGGCCAAGGCCACCGCCGCCAAUGCUUCCGGACGUAUCGUCGCUGUUAUCGGAGCCGUCGUUGACGUCCAAUUCGACGAAAACCUUCCACCAAUCCUCAACGGACUUGAGGUUGUUGGACGUUCUCCAAGACUCAUUCUUGAGGUCUCUCAACAUCUCGGUUAGUUUAUUUCGAAAUGUUUUUGUCAUAAUAUUCGUUUAUUUUAGGAGACAACGUUGUCAGAUGUAUUGCUAUGGAUGGUACUGAAGGACUUGUCCGUGGACAACCAGUCGCUGAUACCGGAGACCCGAUCAAAAUUCCAGUCGGACCAGAAACUCUUGGCCGUAUCAUGAACGUUAUCGGAGAACCAAUUGACGAACGAGGACCAAUCCCAUCGAAGAACUUCGCCGCUAUCCACGCCGAAGCUCCAGAAUUCGUUGAGAUGUCUGUCGAACAAGAGAUUCUUGUUACCGGAAUCAAGGUCGUCGACUUGCUCGCUCCAUACGCCAAGGGAGGAAAGAUUGGACUUUUCGGUGGUGCCGGAGUCGGAAAGACUGUACUUAUCAUGGAACUUAUCAACAACGUCGCCAAGGCUCACGGAGGUUACUCUGUCUUCGCCGGAGUCGGAGAAAGAACUCGUGAAGGUAACGAUUUGUACCACGAAAUGAUUGAAGGAGGAGUUAUUGAUCUCAAGGUAAUUUGAUACUUUUGAUUAUUUUAAAUCAAAAAUCAUAAAAUGUCUUCUUCCAGGGAAACAACUCAAAAGUAUCGCUCGUAUACGGACAAAUGAACGAACCACCAGGUGCUCGUGCUCGUGUCUGUCUCACCGGAUUGACCGUCGCCGAAUACUUCCGUGAUCAAGAAGGACAAGAUGUGCUUCUUUUCAUCGACAACAUUUUCCGUUUCACCCAAGCCGGUUCCGAAGUGUCUGCUCUUCUCGGACGUAUUCCAUCAGCUGUCGGUUACCAACCAACCCUCGCCACUGACAUGGGUGGUAUGCAAGAACGUAUUACCACAACCAAGAAGGGAUCCAUCACAUCUGUCCAAGCUAUUUAUGUGCCAGCUGACGAUUUGACUGAUCCAGCUCCAGCCACAACAUUCGCUCACUUGGACGCCACCACUGUCUUGUCUCGUGGUAUCGCCGAAUUGGCCAUCUAUCCAGCUGUCGAUCCACUCGAUUCCACCUCCCGUAUCAUGGACCCCAACAUUGUCGGAAACGUUCACUACGACAUUGCUCGUGGAGUCCAAAAGAUCCUCCAAGAUUACAAAUCCCUCCAAGAUAUCAUUGCUAUCCUCGGUAUGGAUGAAUUGUCUGAAGAAGAUAAAUUGACCGUCUCACGUGCCCGUAAGAUUCAACGUUUCCUCUCGCAACCUUUCCAAGUCGCCGAAGUUUUCACUGGACAUCAAGGAAAAUUCGUAUCGCUCGAGGAAACCAUCCGUGGAUUCACAAUGAUCCUCAAGGGUAUGGUUUUAACAGUCAAAAACAAAUCAAUUUAAUUCUAAAUUUUCAGGAGAACUCGACCAUCUCCCAGAGGUCGCUUUCUACAUGCAAGGAGGAAUUGAUGACGUAUUCAAGAAGGCCGAAGAACUCGCCAAACAACACAGCUAA